CAUGACCCGGAAAAGCUGUCUGCAGACAAAGACCGGCGCUCUCGGCCUGAAAGUGGAGAUGAGUGCCGCACUCCAUAGUCAAAUUUGACUGGACUUAACCAUCCAGGGGUCCUUUACCUUUACUUAACAUAAAGGGCUGAUUUAUUUUACUUGCUCAGGCUGAGUUUAUGUCUUUAGUCUGAAUCACAUACAAAAAAUCAUUGACAGUGAACAGCUAAACUAAACUGACUUGAGGAUUUUUGUUUGUUCGUUUUGUUUUUAAGCUGCUAGUUGAAGACCCCCCUCAGGGAGCCCUAGUAUAGCAUUUCAUCUCCUAGAUACCAAACUGGCCUUCUUCGUCAUUACGAGAGAUGAACUGGGGAAACACCAUCAUAAUCUCUUAAGGAUGAUUCUCAAGUAAAGAAACCUUAUGUAAGUCUUGUAUGGGUUUCAAAUGUUCCUGCCUUGUUAACUUUAACAAUGCUUUGUUCUUCUACAGUUCUGACCUUUGUGGUGAGACAACCACAUCCACCUUCCUUGAUUAUUACACAGCCUAUCUAAGAAUGGCUGCUUCAGACAUUUGUCUUUCCUCAGGUGCCACUUGGCUGCUGCAGAGGCAAAUUCCGAUGGCUCUCUCCUUGCUCCUCACCCUCGUCUACCUCACCGCCAUCAGGCCGGCUGCUGUUGCCAAGGAACUGCUGCACAGGACAUGUGGAGAAAUACAGGCCUUGCAAGGAGUUCAAGAUGCAAGAGCAGUUGCGGGGAGAGUUUUUUCUUAUCCCAUAUCACCAUUUGCUUUCCAAGGGAAAAUAACUCACUACAAGGUUACUCUGGCUAGUGGUUCAGCUUUACCAAUGUGGUUGGAAUAUAACCCUAACACAAAUACUCUUCAAGGACUGCCAAUGGUAGAGGAGAGUGGAGAAUACCAUCUAACUAUAGUUGCAUAUGGAGAGUCUUGUGGCUGGAAAACACCAACAGCUGGUGCAAACUUUGCAAUUCAUGUUCACAACGAUGCUCUUGUCCGUGAAAAGGAAGUGGUCACAGACCAACAGCAUAACAGUAUCUGUUCUGCAGCUCUGUGUGAAAGGGGAAUGUCGGUCACCUUUGCUGAGAUUAUAAUUCAUACAGAAAAUUAUUUAGAAAUUCAAAAGCGACUAGAUCUAGUUUGCACCAUGGCAGACUAUCUCCAUUUGCAUCCCUCUUCAUUGACACUUGCUUCAUUUGAAAGCCCAUUUAACAAACACUAUUGGAAUCUAACCAUAUUAGCUGAAGACAUUCAAUACCUCAACACUAUGAAAAAGCAUUGUGUUGGAAUCCACUGGCCAGUUGGGUUUGGAGUGUUCACUAUGCUUUAUGAAUUAGUACAAAUUCUACAACACAAUGUGGUGUCAAACCAUCUCUCACAGCUGCUGGGGUAUGAAAUUGCUGGCUGGAGAAUACUUAAAAAAGAAGGCAAUGGAAAAAAUCAUUUAGGAAAGCGGCAGAGGCGGCAAUUAAUGGCCACCCCUGGACUCGUACUGAGACCAACCAAAAUAGAGUCUUUAACAAUUUUGUCAACUACUAUGGUAUACACACAGUCUGCUAUAAUACCUAGUGAAAGUUCAUCACUUUUGUAUGAAGCUGUAAAAGAAGUUAUCCCCACUUACAUGGAUGCGUUGGGGUCCAUGGACAUUCAAAUGUUACUGAAUGGUCAGAGUAAAACACAAGUAUCUGGCUUUUUCCAGUCGCUUUCUUCUGAACUUUCACCUUCUCUGAUAUCACCAUCAACAGAAUUUGAGGGUAAAGUGGCUUCCAGAACACCAACAAUAUUGGAGGAACUACAGUCUCAAGUGCCACAACAAAAUGUGUAUUCUGUGCCUAAAAAAUCCAAGCCAAAGCACAAUUCCACACUCCAUUUUUUAGAUUUUUCUGUGCCAAUGAGCAAAACCCAGAUCUCAAUACCUGCUCACAACAUGGAAACUUCAGUUUCACCAGACGUAACUGCUUCUAGAACAGCAUCUCUAGCAUACUCAGAGGAAUUAACAAGAAGUCUCGAUUAUACAGGCGCAUAUGCACAGCUAACAGCAUCUGGAUUACUAUCUAAAGACACCAUAUAUGUUGCAAAUCUUCCUCUACCAUCCAUAUCAACACUGAUGAAUUUAAGAGCAUCACCUAGAGUCCUAUUUUCCAAUGUUGUAGUUUCUUUGCUCUCAUCAGAUGGUAGCUACGAGAUUCAAGACCUACUCAGCAACUACAAACAUGUCUCAGAGUCAUUGAUGUCUUUACCACAAACUACAACGCUGAUUGAUGUGCCCAGCAGGAAUGUAGGCUUCAGUUUGAUUGGUAUUACAUCACUAGGCAUAAGUGGUGCUUCCGUCCACAAAUUUAGACUGCCGGUCAACACAAGUCCGUCUCAGUUCUAUUACAGUAACAAUGCUUCAGCUUUGGCAAUGCAUAGCAGUCAGCAAUUCAGGAUAUCCCCAUUUGUCCAUUCACUAGAAUUUGGAUUUCUAUCAAGAACAAGCAACACUCCAGCGAUGGCUCCCUCUUUAUCAUUAUCAACACCAGCAGAAUUCCCUGUAUCAUUUGGACAUAGUAAUAUGAUACCAAUGGGGGAAAAUUUGUCUGAAAGGACACAGGUUAGCCAACAGGUAAUUAAAAUAUACACACUUGCAUCAGAGUCUUUUAUGACUGUUCCAGAGACAGACAAACUUUUAAUUUCAAAAACCAAACUAUUAGCUCCUACCACAUCCCAGAUGGACACUUUCCUGUGGGAAACACAACAUUUAAUUUAUGAUGCAUCAUCCAGUGCUUCCGUUUCAAGCAGCAGAUUCCAUGAAGGUGACCCAUCUUAUAAAAUGAGCCAAUCAUCAGAGUGUUAUUCUUAUGAUGCUUUGCCACCUACCUGGUCUACAGAAUUUGCUGGCACCCCCAAGUUAUCUUUUUCUACAGAUGAAAUUGACUCUUAUGACAUCAAUGAUGUUAGAACUCACAAGCCAUGCCUUGAUGCUUUACAACUAGACACAAGUGAUCUAAGCCUGGAUAGCUCAUUUGGAACCAAAAUUAAUUUGCAAAUUACCAGGGACUUGACUUUAGAACUGCUGGAAAAGUCAACUAUUACUUCCAAUAAAGAUAUGUCCAGACAAACUGGAUUCUAUGUCACUAGUUUAUACCAAGGUCCAAUAAACACCUCCCCAAGAGUUGUUAAUGCCAUUAAGUGGAUAACAGCAACAAUUGGACACAAUUUUUUCUUUUCAGUACCUCCGGACACAUUUUAUGACCAGGAAGAUGGCGAUACAACCCAGCUGACCCUUGAAAUAAACCCAGCCGAUGGUUCACCAACAGGUUCGGAAAGCUGGUUGCAGUUUAAUUCAGAUGAUCAAACCAUGUAUGGUUACCCACUUGAUCACGAUUUUCAGUAUUCACCUCAGGAAUUUUUACUCUUUGCCACCGAUUCAGGAGGGCUGAGGACAUCCGAUACCCUCACAAUUGUACUACUCAGGCCAACCACUAUCCCAUGUCAUACUUAUACCAUAAGAACAAAAAAUAGUUACCACUCCUUUCUGAGAGACAGGGAUAGAGUUAACUUGUUUUUUGAGAAGCUUUCCAAGUAUUUGAUUGCUGGCUGUCCUGGCAAUAUGACACUACUUGAUCUCAAACCUGGGUCCACUGUGAUCACCUGGUACAACAGCUGUUUCUGCACAAGGGCCAGCGGAUGUGCAAGGGAUGAAAUCCAGGGUGUGCUGAGGAAACUAAGAGUACCUGGUGGAAAUACAAAUCCACAUUUUGUUGAGGCAAUGUUGCCAGCCUACAAAAUUGAUCGAAUUGAAGAAGUUGCUUUUGGUGGAAUCUGCUCACCAAUCACAAAACCAGUGAAUGAAUCCCUGAUAUCAAACAGCACCUUGGCUACAUUUGACAACCAUUGCUGGAUAAGAAACAUUUUUACUUCCUUGUUAAUAAGUGUAUCCAUUACAAUUAUAGUGAUUCUGAUGGUUGCCUUCCACUGCUGUAGACAUCCCAAGAAAAUAACUGGAUUACAAUCUACAACAUUUCAUGGAAGACCCUUCUUCAGCUACAUUGAUUUGGAAAUGGAUAUGCUGAAAUCCCGGAAGUCACCAAUGCUUGAACAAGAGAGCCCACCAUCAGCCCAGUUAUGGUUGCCUGUUCCAACACCUUCCCCUCAGCACAUCUACAGAACCAAGAGAAAUCUUGUUGCCUCAGGUCUACCUCCACCACCAAAAUACAGACUCCCACCAUUUUAUGGAAUGCAAGAACCUAGUCAGACUCACCAGGACGCUAGUCCCAGAAGGUAUUAUCCCAAAGCUAGUCUAUACUGAGAAUGCUAUUCUGGGAGGGGCAGAUGUUUUUCAUUCUUAUAUAAAAUUAUAUAGGAAUUAUUAAUGAUGAUACAUUAACAAAGAAGCUAAAGAAAUGCCAAGUACAACAGAUUUAGAUACAAAAUCCUACUGCAUAAGGCAAUGUGUUUAUCGUAAACACAAAAAUCUGCCAUGUACAGAAAGCCUAGAAAAAACACAAGCUGCUUUUUCACAGGAAAGGACACCAAUAACAAUGAGAAACACCGCCACUUCCACCUGUUUUAUCUCUUAUAUACUCCCUGGGACAAUAAAACAGUAUUCCCAGUGGUACUGUAGAUGUGUUAAUGGUUAUGUUAUUUUCUUAAAAUUUCUGUAUAGUUAUUGGCAGAACACUUAAAUGUUAUGAAUCAAAGCCAGGAAAUCCUUUUUUAAAGUGUCAGUUAUUUAUGGUGGGAAUAGUGUGGCAGCUGAUGUUCCAUGGCUUCAUUCAUCCCAUGUCAAUCUAGUAAACUUAAGAAUAUAAAAUUGUCGCAGGGGAAGAACUAUGCCAAUAUUGCCUCCUCUCAUCCAACAUGAGCGUAAUGGACUUUUCCACACAAUUGCUUUCUUCUGAUGUAAUUUUUACAUGUGAUUGAGGGAACAGGAAGAAAGAAACCAUGUCACUUAAGACCCAGUCCUUUAAAUAAGCUGUAACAUGAUGCAUGCUGUAGGCAUUAACUGUUUUCUCUUGCCCAGAUGGUGUCAAAGAAAUACUGGGAGACCAGAGUUCAAAUCCCCAGUUGGGCAUUAAGUUCACUGGGUGGUCUUGGGCGAGUCAUAAAACUCUUCGCCUAGCCUACCUCACAGGGUUGUUGCAAGAAUAAUAUUGAGGUGGCGAGAGCCAUGCAUGCCACCUUGAGCUGAAGGAAUACAAAUGCAAUAAAUAAAAAGAAAUUAACUACUUACUAGCUUCAUGUGCAGGAAAUUGCUCUAUAGACAUUAGCAGACGUUUACUCUCUCAAAGCCAUUAAAGAUUCAGAUUACUGCUGAGAUGAAGAACCUGUGGCCCUUCAGCUGUUGUGGAACAACUCACUGUGCUGGCUGGGGGCUGCUGGGAUCCAUGACUCCAACAACUAGAAGGCCACAACUUCCUCACCAAUGCAAUACUAAUGUCUGCUUUUAGAAGCACAGGAGCAGGCCAGACUUGUGCUUGGGGUGAGCUAGCCAUCCUUAGUCUUUUCCUGUGCUAUGACUGCCACAGGUUCCCCGAAACCAAUGUUAUCAGUUUUGAAAGUAUUAAUUUAAAGGUGUUAUAAGUAAGGAACAUUGUUUUACUUCCCAAGUUUUUUAAAUAAUUUCCACAGAUUGCUUAAGACUUGAAGGGUAAUCUAAGGUAAGAACUGAAAAGGGCAAUGCCUUCCAUUUAAACAUUCUUAUACCAUCCCAGGAAAGCAGGCAUGCCUAAAAUGCUAAAUGAUUGAUAUAGGAUUGCUCAGUCUAAUUAGAAAUAUUUCUGAGUGCCUUCACUGAACUCCAUUAUGCUAUCUUGGAACCAAACAUCCCCUUUACUCCCAACACACAGGCAGGUAAAAAGCUGACAAACACCUUAACACCAAAUACACCUUAACAAUUAAAUCAAAGCCACACUCACACAACUUGGGACCAGAAAUCAUUUCCCAUCUAAGACGUUUGUUUUUAUAUAUCUGAACCAUGGCCUAUUUCUGAAUAAUAGAUUACAAUUUAAUUUAACAUGCUGAAAUGGCUGCUAGUCAAAGAAUCAAAUAUGAUGCCAAAUUCAGAAGGGGGAUUAGUGUCUGAGCUCAAAAUCCAGGAAGGAGCCAGAGUGUUGAUUUUUGGCUCGACCAAGUGCUUUUAACAACCAGCAAAAAGUAGCUGAAACAACAGGGAGCGGUUUUAAUUUAGGAAUAAACAUCACCAACAAAAAAUUGGCUUAUUAGACAUAUAACAUAUUUUUCUGAAAAACCAAGUUUAUUCUUAAACAAUUGUUCUCAUGCUUCCCUCUCCCAUCACCCCACAAUUCAAAAGCUAUGCUGGCCAAUACGGAGCAGCAAUUAAGAACACUAUCUUUGUAUACAAAGCACAAAAUAAUGCUAUCUUUAUAGCUUUAACAGUGUUGCAGGGCUACUUCCCCUUCUGUAACUGUUUUGAUCUCAGGUAUUAGCUGUGAUAGUUGGCAGGGUGUGUAUUCCCCUUUGCAACAGGGUUUUACUUAAUGUCAGCCUUCAUAUCCACUAUGCAGUAAGAGAACUAAUGGAGAGAGACCAGUGUGGACUGGACUGUACAAACACCCUGUAGCCAUGUUGUCAAUGAAACCAGCUGCAGCCUGUCUUUCUGUAUAGCCCAGUUUAGACUUAGGUUUCUUGUGCCAUUCGAUACACAAAAGAUUAUUUGCAGCCCCGUCUAUAGCAAUACAUGUUUAAAUUGCACACACUAACCCAAACAACUGAUCAAGGACAAUCAUACUUAAAUCUAUAUUUCUUAUUAUCUAGGACUGGUAUAAGCAGUUCUGCAUUUUAGAUAGCAUUUUAUUUAUGGAAUGUGCUUUAUAAUCUUCUUAGCCUCAAAACAAUUGUGUGUGGCAGGUCUCUGUUACCCUCAACUGCCCCUUCUUUAAUGGAAUUAAGAGCCCAUUGUUGCUCUAUAACAUACCCAGACAGUUUAUCACUGUUCUGUCAUUAAAACCAAGACACUGUGUCCAACAACAAAUGUCUUUAUGCAGCACUCUCCUGAAGUACAAUCUCCUAAAAAGUUUUAAUGUAUCUAAAAGCACACCUGAAAACAAAAUCCAGGUAAAAAAAAAUACCGUGUUUCUCCAGAGGGAAUCAAAAACAUUUUAAAAUUCAUUUUUUUAUAAAGACCUUACUAUUAGUUGGAAAUGAAGUCUUGCUUUAUUUGAUCCUAGAGUAAAAAGGGAUUUGGGACAAAUGAUUUACACAUUUAAUAUAAUAUUGAGAUUUUCUAUUUUUAUAGAAAAGUGCUAAAAAUAGGGGAAAAACAAUCAAAGCAACUGAAGUUUGAAUCAAUUUGAAUCAAGAAUAAAAUGUUUAUGCAACAUAACAAAAUAUAAUUCUUAGAUUCCAUUUUCACUGCCGGCUGGCUUUCCCAUUUUCUGUUGUUUCCAUUCUGAAAUAAAACAAAUAAACAAACAAAUAAAUUUUGCCUUAAGAGUAUUCUAGCAAUUAUU